CAGGAAUCUGGUGGGAGCAGAUGCUUAAAUAGGAUACGCCGGAGUUCCAUGUUACAGUCUCAAACACACAUUUUCUCAAAAAGUAUUUCACUGCAUCGAUAAUAUAAGAAAUUAUACAUCUAAAACAAUAUGGUCGUUACAGCUCAACAAAUAUGGGAGCAUACACCGGGUGAGGCGUGGAUAUACCUCGUCAUUUUGACCAGCAUUUAUAUUUUAUACAUACUGAAAAAUUAUAUCAGAUGUGUCAUUCAUGUUUCUCGACUAAACGGCCCGAAAGCUGUACCGAUUAUUGGAAACGUAAACAUUGCUCUUGAAGAAAAUUUCCUUUAUAGAUUAGCCAAUGAAAGUAAAAUUUAUGGACGUUUUGUUAAAGUAUGGGUGACAAUAUUGCCAUACGUGGUGCUUCUGGAGCCAGAAGAUAUCCAAAUGGUGCUCGGUAGUACGAAGCACACGCGCAAGGUAUUUUUCUACAAAUUGCUAGAUAAUUUCCUUGGGAAAGGUUUGAUUACAAAGGACAUGGAAACCUGGCGGGUCCAUCGAAAAAUUUUACAACCUGCUUUUCAUCUUCAUAUUCUCGAGAAAUUUACGAAUAUCUUCGCGGAACACGCAGAUAGCCUGAUGAAAAAGUUUCUUGAAAAGAAGGACCAAGAAAUCAAUAUUACUACUUUCAUUAAUGAUUCCGUUUACAAUAUCUUGAGUGAAACAGUUUUGGGAAUAAACCAAAGGACCAGCGAAAUGGACGAUCUGCCUUUCCGAAAGGGACAAAUUAUGCUUCUAUACCGAAUGAUGAGGCCUUGGCUAUUAAUGGAAUGGAUUUACCGAUUAACGAAGUAUGGUAGAGAAGAGCAAAAACAACGAAACGAGUUAUUCGAUACUUGUUUUAAAAUGAUGAAAGAAAAACGCGAGCUUUUACGAAAUAAAAAGUGUGAACCUGAUGAUCAGACAGAAGAGACAAGAAAAAUGUCUUUGCUGGAAUAUAUGGUGGAAAUAAACGAAAAACAUCCUUGCUUCUCCGAUAAAGACAUCGUCGAAGAAUGUUGCACGUUUAUGUUAGCUGGGCAGGAUUCGGUUGGCACCGCGACUGCGAUGACGCUCUUUCUUUUAGCCAACAAUCCUGAAUGGCAGGAAAAAUGCAUAGAAGAACUCGACCGAAUUUUCGACGGAAAUCCAAAAUUGCCUACGAUAAACGAUCUGAAAGAUAUGAAAUGUUUAGAGAUGUGCAUCAAAGAAUCAUUGAGAUUAUAUCCUAGUGUACCGAUGAUAGCCAGGAAACUAGGCGAAGAUGUGAAAAUCGGAAAAUAUGUGAUACCAACGGGUUGUAGCGUGUUAAUAUCCCCAUACGCCACUCAUCGUUUGCCGCAUCAUUUUCCAGACCCUGAAGCAUUUAAACCUGAGCGUUUCGAUGCAGAAAAUUCCGAAAAGAGGCAUCCUUACGCUCAUAUACCUUUCAGUGCUGGUCCAAGGAAUUGCAUCGGUUAUAAGUUUGCAAUGCUCGAAAUGAAAUCCAUGAUUUGCGCAAUUCUUAGAAGAUGCAGAUUACAAUCGGUCCCUGGAAAAGAGGUGAUACGACCGAAAUUUAGAAUGACAAUCAGAGCGCAAGGAGGGCUUUGGGUAAAAGUUAUUGUACGCGAUGAGACGCCAAAAAAUGUUGUGAUAUAAGUGUAAAUUAUUGUUUUAAUAUAUUUAAUUGUGUAACAAUCAGUAUAUCAGUUAAAGAGGCCUUUUUUAAAUUUUGAAUAAUUUGACGAAAUAAUGACAUUAAAAUCAUCCUUUAAUGAUACAAAAGCCUACCAUAAAAGUCAUUUACAUUUUUAUUUAAAGAUUGAAUAUGUAAAAGAAGUAAAAAUAUGAACAAAUAUUUAAUAAGUGUUAGGUAAAUAAUUUUUUAAAGUACGGUCUUCAAUGUGAAUACUAUGAAUCAUAUGUAUGUAUUUUAUUUAGAUAUACGUUGAAUAAAAAUGAAAUUUAACAUUUA